AUGCCUCCAAAAGCACCCGGUGCAAAAGCUCCUGGCUUCGUCGCACAGGUGACCGCACCACUCGUGAGUGCCGUUGCAUCGAGUGCCAUGGGCGGCGGUACUGCGAAACCACAGAACGCAGCCAAACCCUCGGGUACAAAAGCUGGUCCGUCCACUUCCCAACCGACGUCGGGUGAGGUAUCCCUACCCGCGCGCUACCCUCUCAUUGCAGCCCUUGAAGCUAUUGGCGGACCCGACGUUGUGGCAUCCGCGAGCAAACUUAUCCUCGUGACCACCACAUUUCCCAAAUCGAAACCUGGACCCGUCGGGAAACCUGCCGUCAUCGGGUGGGAGAAUCGUUACGUGACCGGUCUGCAAGGCAACGUCACCAAACCCGUCAACGAUACUUUCAGAGGCCAAAAGAUCCAGCUCGAGACCGGCGACCUGUUCCGCAUCCGCUGGGACUUCGACCCCGGCAACCCUCCGGAUCCCACCAAGAACAUCGGGCUGGUCGACGGCAAAGGCGUCCACCUCAACGCAGAGUUCUUCGGCAAACGAGCGACGACGAAGAUAGCGUUCACGCCGACCACGGAUGCCGUUGUCAACCCACCCGGUAACCGCAACCCGGGCAGAUUCGACAUGGCCGUCGGCGACAUGUCGACCUGGUUGGAUUAUCAAACCAAGGCGAACACGGACUCGCACAUCUUUUCCAUGAAGGAGAGGACGGGGGAAACGAACGCAGACGGGUCGAACGACGACAAGCCGGAUAACGACCCCACCGAUAACGACGUGCGGGCCAAGGCGCUGAAGGCCAUGGCGCCGAAAUUGGCGGCGAGGUGGAAGGACAUGCAUGCGUCAGCGCUGGCCAGUGGCUACAAGCCCGGGACGGAGUAA